GUGAAGACAGGGUGGGGAGAAGCUACUUCAGCCAACUCAUGCCUUCAAAGUGAACACCAGAGCAGAGGCUGGCGACAGACUCGCCAGCCUUCCGCACCAGCAGGACUCCCUGCCCUUCUUGACUCAGUAUUGGGAUCCUGAAGACAGGUGGUUGGCCUGGAGACCUGCCAAGUGUGACUUUAGGAAACCCUGAGUAUCCUUUCCUCCACUUGCAAAGCCAGUGUAGUUUCAGUAUGCCGCUCCUGGCUGGCACAGCGUGACCUGUGAGCAUCCCUGGAACAGAGAACCACUGGAAGAGCAGUCUUGGAGGCCAGGCCAUGUAAGCAGUGGUUCGCCACACCUGUGUGAGCCUUGGCUUUCGACAGCUGUCUUCGAGCUGAGAGUGGACUCACACGAGAUGCCCGUAGUGCAUGGGUGAAGAAAGUGCAGCCUAUUACAGGAGUACGGCACUACUCAGCCAUAGGGAAGAAUGAAGUCGUAUCAUUUUCAGCAGAGUGGAGGGAACUGGAGAUUACUGUAGGAAGUAAGCAGAACACAAGAAGACACUGUUCUCUGUCGGGACCGAGGCUGCAGAACUCCAAGCUUGUAUUAGCUCCUGGGAGACGCUGUGAUCAGAUGUCACAGGUUAGAUGGUUUAAACAGCCAGUCACAAGUCCAGGAUGAAGGCAUUGGCAGAUUGGCUACAGCAUGUGUUCCUGGUGUGCCUGUUCAGUGGAAUUAUAUCUGAGGAUUUCUCAAACCUAAAGACAUCCAAGCAGGAUGAAUCCAGACCCACAAAUAGACAUGGCCAGAUAAGACCCUGCAUGACAUGUUGCAUUCAAAAUGUCAAAAAUAAGCAGAUAAACCCUACAGAGGCUAUCAGAGGACAAUGUUCCUCAUAAGGAAACAUCAGAGUAACAUCAGGUGUCUUAUCAACAACCCCCAAAGCCAGGAAAGCGUGAACUGGCAUAUUAUAUACACUAAAAGUAAAUAAGCAACUCAAUGAAGUUAUCUUUUUAAAUUGGUGGAGAAAUAAAAAUUGAAAUAUUUUAAAAAUAAGCAUACAGGGCUUAAGUGAUGGUUUAGAGGUUAAGAACACUGCUCUUCAGAAGACUAGAAUUUAAUUCCCAGAACCUACAUAUUGGCUCACAUUUAUCUGUAACUCCAGUUCCAGGGGAUCCAAUGUCUUUUCUGGUCUCUGGCACCAGGCACAUGUGAGGUGCAUACAGACUUACAUUCAGGAAAAACACCACACAUAUACAAUAUUAAUUAGGUAAGUUGUAUAAUUGCUAAGGGAGUACUAUGCACAGAAGAAAAAGGCAAUUUCACCCAUGAGAACACAAAAAGGGUACAUACAUUACAUGAGAAGAAUGACAGAGAAUAGAUGGGAAAGAAACAUUCAACACAGCAAAUGAGAAACCCCCAAUACUGGAAGAAGAACCCCCAAUAAGUCAGCCAACUCUAACAAGCAGCGUGAUUGUCAGCUAUGCAAACCUCUUUCCAUAGUAACCUUGAAUGCAAAGGCUCACAAAAGACACAGGUUGACUCAAAAAACUAGAUCCAACGUCGUCAUCAGUACCGAACUUGGGAAAUGCACAAAUAAUUGGAGACUGAACAAUAUACUUUUGAAUGAACAGUGGGUUCUUGAGGAAAUCAGAAUUUUAAAAACUCCUAAGAUCAAAUGAAACACAGUCUACAAGAUACAUCCAAGUCAGUCCCAAGAGAGAAGUUUAUAGCUAUAAGAUGAUCAAAGAGAGAUUUCAGAUAACUUAGUGAUCCACCUCAGGCUGUGGCAAAGAUUAUGGCAGAAGUGAAUGAAACAGGAAAUAAAUGCAUUGAAUUGAUCAAAGAGCUGUUUGAGACGAUAAAUGAGUGACAACCAAAGCUAAACUAACCAAAAGCAAGAGAAGACCCAAAUGAUUCCGUUUAGAGGUAAAAGGGCACUCGUGGGCUGGCUCAGUGGCUCAGUGGGUGCUUGUUCUGCAAGUUUGAGAAUUUGCUCAGAUUCUCACCACCCACAUAGAAUGGCACCCACAGCUGUGCGUGCUGCCAACACCAUCAGGGUGUGGUGACAAGUAGGUCCAGAGUGCUCAUUGAUCGGCCAGUCUUGCUCAAAACGUUGACUGUAGAAUCAAUGAGAAACCCUGUCUCAAGCUAGUAAGGUAGAGAGCAACACAGGAAGCUACCCAGUGCCCCGCUCUGUCCUUCAUGCGUGCCCAUGAUCAUCCAUACCUUUAUAUACCUCACGCACUUCACUAAAAUGUCUUCCCAAGGAGAUGCACACAAUGUCUAACCUUCCUCCUAAGUGUCCAAUGACAAGGAGGUACAAUUACACUCGGAAACCACUGAGUUUAUUGAGCUUACAGAGCACAGGUAAGGGGUUACUUACUGCGGGUGCCCUCACCAGACAGUCUAAAUCUAGGAGGAAUAAUGGUGUUUUGGUAGCCACAUAGAUGGAGUCCUUCUGUCCUAGUGUUCUCGAGCCGCAUACUCUAUCCACAAGUAGUUAGAUCAGAGCUGCGUACCACAGGUAGAAGGGGCAACUGGACACUCCUUCGAGGGUCUGGUGAGCUCCCGUGCCCUUCUGUGAGGGGAUGUCAACGGUCAUCAUGCCCAGUGGGGAUAAUCUUUGCAAGUUAGCACAGGCAAAGUCCACCUGAUGGCAGUUGCUUGUCUUGUAGAACAACUCUGUCCAGCAUACACCAUACAUGAGAGAAGGGGUAGGGGAGAAAGGAAGGAAGGAGAAAGAAAAGGGAACGUUGUAAUAAACUAAGAUUCCAAAGAGCUAGAGAAACUUCGAAACAUAAAAUUCUAAACACAAGACCAACUGUUCCAGUUUAUUUUGUUAUAUUCUAUAACAAAGAGCAUGGUUUACCGGAAGUCCCACACCCACGGAUCCCGGCCCGCAGCAGCUCUCUGCUCCCAGACCCCGUGGGAAGGAGACCUCACCGCCUGGUCAGGUGGGCACUCCUGAGGCUGCAGAGCAGAAGAGACCACCAACACUGCCCACCCCUGCCCACAUCCCUGGCCCAAGAGGAAACUGUAUAAGGCCUCUGGGCUCCCGUGGGGGAGGGCCCAGGAGCGGCAGGACCCCUGCCUGAGACACCGCCGGAACCUGAGGGAAACAGACCAGAUAAACAGUUCUCUGCACCCAAAUCCCGUGGGAGGGAGAGCUAAACCUUCAGAGAGGCAGACAAGCCUGGGAAACCAGAAGAGACUGCUCUCUGCACACACAUCUCAGACGCCAGAGGAAAACACCAAACGCCAUCUGGAACCCUGGUACACUGAAGCUCCCAGAAGGGGCGGCACAGGUCUUCCUGGUUGCUGCCGCCGCAAAGAGCCCGUGGGCAGCACCCCGAGAGCGAACCUGAGCCUCGGGACCACAGGUAAGACCAACUUGUAUGCUGCAAGUGACCUGCCUGGUGAACUCAAGACACAGGCCCACAGGAACAGCUGAAGACCUGUACAGAGGAAAAACUACACGCACGAAAGCAGAACACUCUGUCGCCAUAACAGGCUGAAAGAAAACAGGAAAAUAGGUCUACAGCACUCCUGACACACAGGCUUAUAGGAGAGUCUAGCCACUGUCAGAAAUAGCAGAACAAAGUAACACUAGAGAUAAUCUGAUGGAGAGGGGCAAGCGCAGGAACCCAAGCAACAGAAACCAAGACGACAUGGCAUCAUCAGAGCCCAAUUCUCCCACCAAAACAAACAUGGAAUGUCCAAACACACCAGAAAAGCAAGAUCUAGUUUCAAAAUCAUAUUUGAUCAUGAUGCUGGAGGACUUCAAGAAAGACGUGAAGAACUCCCUUAGAGAAACACAGGAAAACACUAAUAAACAAGUAGAAGCCUACAGAGAGGAAUCGCAAAAAUGCCUGAAAGAAUUCCAGGAAAACAUAAAUAAACAAGUAGAAGCCCAUAGAGAGGAGACACAAAAAUCCCUGAAAGAAUAUCAGGAAAUCAUAAAUAAACAAGUAGAAGCCCAUAGAGAGGAGUCAAAAAAAUCCCUGAAAGAAUUCCAGGAAAAUACAAUCAAACAGUUGAAGGAAUUAAAAAUGGAAAUAGAAGCAAUCAAGAAAGAACACAUGGAAAAAACCCUGGAUAUAGAAAACCAAAAGAAGAGACAAGGAGCUGUAGAUACGAGCUUCACCAACAGAAUACAAGAGAUGGAAGAGAGAAUCUCAGGAGCAGAAGAUUCCAUAGAAAUCAUUGACUCAACUGUCAAAGAUAAUGUAAAGCAGAAAAAGCUACUGGUCCAAAAGAUACAGGAAAUCCAGGACUCAAUGAGAAGAUCAAACCUAAGGAUAAUAGGUAUAGAAGAGAGUGAAGACUCCCAGCUCAAAGGACCAGUAAAUAUCUUCAACAAAAUCAUAGAAGAAAACUUCCCUAACCUAAAAAAAGAGAUACCCAUAGGCACACAAGAAGCCUACAGAACUCCAAAUAGAUUGGACCAGAAAAGAAACACCUCCCGUCACAUAAUAGUCAAAACACCAAACGCACAAAAUAAAGAAAGAAUAUUAAAAGCAGUAAGGGAAAAAGGUCAAGUAACAUAUAAAGGCAGACCUAUCAGAAUUACACCAAACUUUUCACCAGAAACUAUGAAAGCCAGAAGAUCCUGACAGAUGUCAUACAGACCCUAAGAGAUCACAAAUGCCAGCCCAGGUUACUGUAUCCUGCAAAACUCUCAAUUAACAUAGAUGGAGAAACCAAGAUAUUCCAUGACAAAACCAAAUUUACACAAUAUCUUUCUACAAAUCCAGCACUACAAAGGAUAAGAAAUGGUAAAGCCCAACAUAAGGAGGCAAGCUAUACCCUAGAAGAAGCAAGAAACUAAUCGUCUUGGCAACAAAACAAAGAGAAUGAAAGCACACAAACAUAACCUCACAUCCAAAUAUGAAUAUAACGGGAAGCAAUAAUCACUAUUCCUUAAUAUCUCUCAACAUCAAUGGCCUCAACUCCCUAAUAAAAAGACAUAGAUUAACAAACUGGAUACGCAAUGAGGACCCUGCAUUCUGCUGCCUACAGGAAACACACCUCAGAGACAAAGACAGACACUACCUCAGAGUGAAAGGCUGGAAAACAACUUUCCAAGCAAAUGGUCAGAAGAAGCAAGCUGGAGUAGCCAUUCUAAUAUCAAAUAAAAUCAAUUUUCAACUAAAAGUCAUCAAAAAAGAUAAGGAAGGACACUUCAUAUUCAUCAAAGGAAAAAUCCACCAAGAUGAACUCUCAAUCCUAAAUAUCUAUGCCCCAAAUACAAGGGCACCUACAUACGUAAAAGAAACCUUACUAAAGCUCAAAACACACAUUGCACCUCACACAAUAAUAGUGGGAGAUUUCAACACCCCACUCUCAUCAAUGGACAGAUCAUGGAAACAGAAAUUAAACAGAGAUGUAGACAGACUAAGAGAAGUCAUGAGCCAAAUGGACUUAAUGGAUAUUUAUAGAACAUUCUAUCCUAAAGCAAAAGGAUAUACCUUCUUCUCAGCUCCUCAUGGUACUUUCUCCAAAAUUGACCAUAUAAUUGGUCAAAAAACGGGCCUCAACAGGUACAGAAAGAUAGAAAUAAUCCCAUGCCUGCUAUCGGACCACCAGGGCCUAAAACUGGUCUUCAAUAACAAUCAAGGAAGAAUGUCCACAUAUACUUGGAAAUUGAACAAUGCUCUACUCAAUGAUAACCUGGUCAAGGAAGAAAUAAAGAAAGAAAUUAAAAACUUUUUAGAAUUUAAUGAAAAUGAAGGUACAACAUACCCAAACUUAUGGGACACAAUGAAAGCUGUGCUAAGAGGAAAACUCAUAGCGCUGAGUGCCUGCAGAAAGAAACAGGUAAGAGCAUAUGUCAGCAGCUUGACAGCACACCUAAAAGCUCUAGAACAAAAAGAAGCAAAUACACCCAGGAGGAGUAGAAGGCAGGAAAUAAUCAAACUCAGAGCUGAAAUCAACCAAGUAGAAACAAAAAGGACCAUAGAAAGAAUCAACAGAACCAAAAGUUGGUUCUUUGAGAAAAUCAACAAGAUAGAUAAACCCUUAGCCAGACUAACGAGAGGACACAGAGAGUGCAUCCAAAUUAACAAAAUCAGAAAUGAAAAGGGAGACAUAACAACAGAUUCAGAGGAAAUUCAAAAAAUCAUCAGAUCUUACUAUAAAAACCUAUAUUCAACAAAACUUGAAAAUCUUCAGGAAAUGGACAAUUUCCUAGACAGAUACCAGGUACCGAAGUUAAAUCAGGAACAGAUAAACCAGUUAAACAACCCCAUAACUCCUAAGGGAAUAGAAGCAGUCAUUAAAGGUCUCCCAACCAAAAAGAGCCCAGGUCCAGACGGGUUUAGUGCAGAAUUCUAUCAAACCUUCAUAGAAGACCUCAUACCAAUAUUAUCCAAACUAUUCCACAAAAUUGAAACAGAUGGAUCACUACCGAAUACCUUCUACGAAGCCACAAUUACUCUUAUACCUAAACCACACAAAGACACAACAAAGAAAGAGAACUUCAGACCAAUUUCCCUUAUGAAUAUCGACGCAAAAAUACUCAACGAAAUUCUGGCAAACCGAAUCCAAGAGCACAUCAAAACAAUCAUCCACCAUGACCAAGUAGGCUUCAUCCCAGGCAUGCAGGGAUGGUUUAAUAUACGGAAAACCAUCAACGUGAUCCAUUAUAUAAAAAAACUGAAAGAACAAAACCACAUGAUCAUUUCAUUAGACGCUGAGAAAGCAUUUGACAAAAUUCAACACCCCUUCAUGAUAAAAGUCCUGGAAAGAAUAGGAAUUCAAGGCCCAUACCUGAACAUAGUAAAAGCCAUAUACAGCAAACCAGUUGCUAACAUUAAACUAAAUGGAGAGAAACUUGAAGCAAUCCCACUAAAAUCAGGGACUAGAGAAGGCUGCCCACUCUCUCCCUACUUAUUCAAUAUAGUUCUUGAAGUUCUAGCCAGAGCAAUCAGACAACAAAAGGAGGUCAAGGGGAAUCAGAUCGGAAAAGAAGAAGUCAAAAUAUCACUAUUUGCAGAUGAUAUGAUAGUAUAUUUAAGUGAUCCCAAAAGUUCCACCAGAGAACUACUAAAGCUGAUAAACAACUUCAGCAAAGUGGCUGGGUAUAAAAUUAACUCAAAUAAAUCAGUUGCCUUCCUCUAUACAAAAGAGAAACAAGCCGAGAAAGAAAUUAGGGAAACGACACCCUUCAUAAUAGACCCAAAUAAUAUAAAGUACCUCGGUGUGACUUUAACAAAGCAAGUAAAAGAUCUGUACAAUAAGAACUUCAAGACACUGAAGAAAGAAAUUGAAGAAGACCUCAGAAGAUGGAAAGAUCUCCCAUGCUCAUGGAUUGGCAGGAUUAAUAUAGUAAAAAUGGCCAUUUUACCAAAAGCAAUCUACAGUUUCAAUGCAAUCCCCAUCAAAAUACCAAUCCAAUUCUUCAAAGAGUUAGACAGAACAAUUUGCAAAUUCAUCUGGAAUAACAAAAAACCCAGCAUAGCUAAAGCUAUCCUCAACGAUAAAAGGACUUCAGGGGGAAUCACUAUCCCUGAACUCAAGCAGUAUUACAGAGCAAUAGUGAUAAAAACUGCAUGGUAUUGGUACAGAGACAGACAGAUAGACCAAUGGAAUAGAAUUGAAGACCCAGAAAUGAACCCACACACCUAUGGUCACUUGAUUUUUGACAAAGGAGCCAAAACCAUGAAAUGGAAAAAAGAUAGCAUUUUCAGCAAAUGGUGCUGGUUCAACUGGAGGUCAACGUGUAGAAGAAUGCAGAUCGAUCCAUGCUUAUCACCCUGUACAAAGCUUAAGUCCAAGUGGAUCAAGGACCUCCACAUCAAACCAGACACACUCAAACUAAUAGAAGAAAAACUAGGGCAGCAUCUGGAACACAUGGGCACUGGAAAAAAUUUCCUAAACAAAACACCAAUGGCUUAUGCUCUAAGAUCAAGAAUCGACAAAUGGGAUCUCAUAAAACUGCAAAGCUUCUGUAAGGCAAAGAACACUGUGGUUAGGACAAAACGGCAACCAAGAGAUUGGGAAAAGAUCUUUACCAAUCCUACAACAGAUAGAGGCCUUAUAUCCAAAAUAUACCAAGAACUCAAGAAGUUAGACCGCAGGGAAACAAAUAACCCUAUUUAAAAAUGGGGUUCAGAGCUAAACAAAGAAUUCACAGCUGAGGAAUGCCGAAUGGCUGAGAAACACCUAAAGAAAUGUUCAACAUCUUUAGUCAUAAGGGAAAUGCAAAUCAAAACAACCCUGAGAUUUCACCUCACACCAGUGAGAAUGGCUAAGAUCAAAAACUCAGGGGCCAACAGAUGCUGGCGAGGAUGUGGAGAAAGAGGAACACUCCUCCAUUGUUGAUGGGAUUGCAGACUGGUACAACCAUUCUGGAAAUCAGUCUGGAGGAUCCUCAGAAAACUGGACAUUGAGCUGCCUGAGGAUCCAGCUAUACCUCUCUUGGGCAUAUACCCAAAAGAUGCCCCAACAUAUAAAAAAGACACGUGCUCCACUAUGUUCAUUGCAGCCUUAUUUAUAAUAGCCAGAAGCUGGAAAGAACCCAGAUGCCCUUCAACAGAGGAAUGGAUACAGAAAAUGUGGUACAUCUACACAAUGGAAUAUUACUCAGCUAUCCAAAACAACGACUUCAUGAAAUUCGUAGGCAAAUGGUUGGAACUGGAAAAUAUCAUCCUGAGUGAGCUAACCCAAUCACAGAAAGACAUACAUGGUAUGCACUCAUUGAUAAGUGGCUAUUAGCCCAAAUUCUUGAACUACCCUAGAUGCCUAGAACAAAUGAAACUCAAGACGGAUGAUCAAAAUGUGAAUGCUUCACUCCUUCUUUAAAAGGGGAACAAGAAUACCCUUGGCAGGGAAGAGAGAGGCAAAGAUUAAAACAGAGACUGAAGGAACACCCAUUCAGAGCCUGCCCCACAUGUGGCCCAUACAUAUACAGCCACCCAAUUAGACAUGAUGGAUGAAGCAAAGAAGUGCAUGCCGACAGGAGCCGGAUGUAGAUCGCUCCUGAGAGACACAGCCAGAAUACAGCAAAUACAGAGGCGAAUGCCAGCAGCAAACCACUGAACUGAGAAUAGGACUCCCGUUGAAGGAAUCAGAGAAAGGGCUGAAAGAGCUUGAAGGGGCUCGAGACCCCAUAUGUACAACAAUGCUAAGCAACCAGAGCUUCCAGGGACUAAGCCACUACCUAAAGACUAUACAUGGACUGACCCUGGACUCUGACCUCAUAGGUAGCAAUGAAUAUCCUAGUAAGAGCACCAGUGGAAGGGGAAGCCCUGGGUCCUGCUAAGACUGAA